GUUUCUCUUUCCUAUGCGGGCUCUAUAAAUAGUGUAAGAGUUAUGGCCUUCUCAAUCUACUCUCGCUCUCUUUCGCUCUCUCGCAAUCAUUCCCUUUACUUUCUCUGCAUAUUAUCUUCAUUAGCGAAGCUACAAAACCCCAGAUUUCCAAUUACUCAGAAUGGGAAGUGCUGAUGGAAGCUAUGGCGCAUACACCUAUGAGGCCCUCGAGAGGGAGCCUUACUGGCCAUCUGAAAAUCUCAAAAUUUCCAUUACUGGAGCAGGUGGUUUUAUUGCCUCCCACAUUGCUCGCCGUUUGAAGUCUGAAGGUCAUUAUAUUAUUGCUUCUGACUGGAAGAAGAAUGAGCACAUGACAGAAGACAUGUUCUGUCAUGAAUUCCAUCUUGUUGAUCUUAGGGUCAUGGAUAAUUGCCUGAAGGUUACAAAAGGAGUUGACCAUGUUUUCAACCUGGCUGCUGAUAUGGGCGGGAUGGGCUUCAUUCAGUCCAACCACUCUGUCAUUAUGUAUAACAACACAAUGAUCAGCUUCAACAUGCUUGAAGCUUCCAGGAUCAAUGGAGUUAAGAGGUUAUUCUAUGCCUCUAGUGCUUGUAUUUACCCUGAAUUUAAGCAGCUGGAGACUAAUGUGAGCCUCAAGGAAUCUGAUGCCUGGCCUGCAGAGCCUCAAGAUGCUUAUGGCUUGGAGAAGCUUGCAACGGAAGAGUUGUGCAAGCAUUACACCAAAGACUUUGGAAUUGAAUGCCGCAUUGGAAGGUUCCAUAACAUUUAUGGUCCUUUUGGAACAUGGAAAGGUGGCAGGGAGAAGGCACCCGCUGCUUUCUGCAGAAAGGCUAUCACUUCUAUUGAUAAAUUUGAGAUGUGGGGAGAUGGACUUCAAACCCGAUCCUUCACGUUCAUUGAUGAAUGUGUGGAAGGUGUGCUUAGAUUGACAAAGUCAGACUUCCGCGAGCCAGUGAACAUUGGAAGUGAUGAGAUGGUUAGCAUGAAUGAGAUGGCUGAGAUUGUUCUCAGCUUCGAGAACAAGAAUCUCCCUAUUCAUCACAUUCCUGGCCCGGAAGGUGUGCGUGGACGUAACUCUGACAACACGCUGAUCAAAGAGAAGCUUGGUUGGGCUCCUACAAUGAAGCUGAAGGAUGGACUGAGAAUUACAUACUUUUGGAUCAAGGAACAGAUUGAGAAAGAGAAGUCACAAGGAAUGGACUUGUCUAUUUAUGGUUCAUCUAAAGUGGUGGGAACCCAAGCACCCGUUCAAUUGGGCUCACUUCGUGCUGCUGAUGGUAAAGAAUGAAAUGUUGAAGCUAUAGAUGUCUUGCAGUUAUACUUCAGAAAGCCAGGUUUUCUUAUUAUGAUGUGUCAAUGAUAUUGUGGUGGGAAAUCAGCCAUGGUUCUGGAGUCACAGGGCUGCAAUCCACAUUGCUCUAGUUUCGGGUGUGCACCAUGUUGGUUUUUCCGAGGGAAGCUUUUAUGCCCUCAUUCCUAUCAAUCUGGUUUUUUCUAGCAACCUGCUACUGUAAUAUUAUGUUGCAGGCGUAAUAGCCUUGGAACCUCAUUUUGUUCCUGCAAUAACCAUUUACCAUUGGUGGUCUGUGAUGAAUAAUAUUUCUUUUCACCAUUGUUGUUUA